UCUACUCUCCCACUACUCCCAUCUUUAGCAUAAAGCCACCUAUAUUAUUUGUCCCUUUCUUUUCCUCUCUCCUAAAGUAGAAACCAAUUCAACCAACCAAAAAAAAAAACCCAAUUAGGGUGCUUUUUCUUUGUUUUGUUCUAUUCUUAAUUGAAUUAUUUUUGCAUUUAAAACUUUACUCUCUUUUUUUCUUCCCUUAAUCUCUUCUUCUAAAAAGGAAAUUAGUACACUAAUCAUGAAAAACAUGAAGAAGGUGUUCGUUUGUUUAGGCAUGGGUUCAUGUGUUUCUACCAAAACUGUUGAACCUCCUUCUAAUCUCACCUUGGAAAAAGCACUCGAUUCUGCUCAAUCCCCUGUUUGGGAACUUCCAGUUGCAGGUAGUAAAGAGGAAGCCUUUUUUGAUUCGAAGCCUUGGCUAGAGUCGGAUGAUGAACAAGAUUUCUAUAGCGUCAAUGGUGAUAUCCCGCCAUAUAGGCAAUCGGAUAAGAAUGGAGAUGACCACGAAGGAAGGAGGCUAUCCGAACUAUUCAAAGAAAGUAGCUUUAAUAGCGAAAGCCAAACAAGUGCGAAAGCAAGAAGUGAAGCGAAAGGAAAAGACGAUGAAGAAAUACCAACAUUUGCAAAUACUCCUAGUAAAAUUGAGAAUGGGAAAUCUGGUAGAUCUGUUAAUCGUUGUUUGCCAAGUUUAGUUAGAAGUUUAAGUUGUGGUGAUCGUAAAAAGAGGCCAAAUCCUGCCCAUAUUGCUGUUGUGGGUUGAUGGAGUUUUUUAUGGUACUGUAUUUAUUUUUAUGCGGAUGAGCCACACGGGCAAUAUAAAUUACAAAUGGAUGAUGGAUGAUGGAUGAUGGAUGAUGGAUGAUGGAUUCAAAUCGGUGUACACAAGGCUACUAGUCCUGAAUUUUAACCACUAGACCAAGAGUUUAUUGGUCGGUUGAUGGGUCUAUAAGCAGUUUGCCUUUAGUAGGUUGAUAUAAAUGGCAAUUGUAAAGAGUAGUAAGUUAUUUAUGAGAGUAACAGGAGUGUUUAAUUUAUUUGAGAUCUUGUCAAUACAUAUUUAAAAUAAUAAAUCAAUAUAUAUAAUGCUAAUCAAAUGUAAA